UGGACAGAGCUCACACAGACAUGAAAGUAUUCAGGGGAACACUACUGCUUCUAGUACUACUACUGCACCUCCACUGCACAGAUGGCGUGCGGUGCUUCUCACGGUUUGUCUGGUCCUCUCUGAGCUGUGAGGAGGACAUAGGAGAGGUGGACGAGGACACCUGCUGUCUUAACCCCAAGUACGGCUACAAGACAGAGGAUGGCCAGUGCCAGUCCUGUGGGCCUCCGACCUGGACCAGCUGGUCUGAGUGGUCCCAGUGCACUACUCUGUGCGGGGAGGGGGUGAGGCUCAGGAGGCGGAGCUGCUAUGGCAUCGGCAAAUCAGAGUGUGAAGCAGUGAGGACCGAAGUCAAGGUACAAGCCGAGGCGUGUAACGGCACCUGCUGCGAUGGGGAGGGAUGGAGCGAGUGGUCCUCUUGGUCUGCUUGUUCAGUGAGCUGUGGAGAGGGCGGAGUCAAGAGUAGAAACAGGAAGUGCUCUGAUCGUAUAGAGUGUGCGUUAGCGUGCGCUGGACCAACGGAGGAGACACAGGCCUGUGUCCUCACAACCUGCCCAGUCCAUGGAGGAUGGUCAGCUUGGUCAGACUGGUCUGAGUGUUCAGGCUCGUGUGUCAGUCUCCAUGAUAACGCUCCGACUCGAGUGCGGCGUCGAUCCUGCUCCAGCCCCCCUCCCUCAAAGGUGCCCCCUGGUGACAGUUGCACUGGAGACAGUGUGCAGACACAGCAGUGCUCUGAGCUACGUCAGUGUGCAGUGGAUGGAGGUUGGGGCCCCUGGUUGGACCCCGGGCCCUGCUCUGUGCCCUGUGGGGAGGGCCUCCAGCUCAGCCGCAGGUCAUGUGACCAGCCCCCUCCUCAGUACGGAGGACGCUACUGCGAGGGCCCAAGCACCAGGAGCUCGGUGUGCAGCAGCCCCUGUCCAGUGCCUAACUUCUGGACGGGCUGGUCGCAGUGGUCAGAGUGCUCUGGUACAUGUGUUCCUGAUGGGGGGAUGGCUCCACACAGGAGCAGGAGUCGUGUCUGCAUCUCACCCAGCGGCACUGGAAUGUGUGAGGGCCCCAACCACGAGAGGGGCCCCUGUCCCGGCCUCAACUACUGUCAGGUGCACGGCUCCUGGGGUCCCUGGUCCCCCUUCACCCCCUGCCCAGUCACCUGUGGGGUGGGCCUCCAGCUGUCUACUCGCUCCUGCAAUAACCCCGCCCCCAAACACGGAGGUCAGGGUUGCCACGGAGACAGCAGACGCUCUCAGAUGUGCAACACUCAGACGCACUGUCCAGUGGACGGUGUGUGGUCGGAGUGGUCAUCCUGGGGCCCCUGUCAGGACGUGUUUGACCCCUCAUACUCCAUCCGCUGUGAGCAACUGGGGGGAAGCCAGAGCCGAGAGCGCCGCUGCCUCCACAGGGCACUAGGGGGCGCAGCCUGCCCAGUGGAGCCACUGUCCGAGACACGGGUGUGCUACGACGUCAACGGGUGCUACGUCAAGGGCCAGUGGAACGGCUGGGAGCCCUGGAGCCUGUGCCUGCCCCCCUGUGGUGAGAAUUCUAAACGCUCACGCAAGACGAGGUGUGAACCGGACUAUAAGGACUACAGUCCCACCAUUGGCCGCAAGGAGCUGAAGGCGACGUUCUAUGGGCAACCUCUGGUGGACUGUGGGUCCCCUGCCACUCGGGAGAGGCAAAAGUGUGUCAACGCCCCACCCUGCUAAAGACCUCACCCACACCCCACCCUGCUAAAGACAUCACCCACACCCCACCCUGCCAGGGACACAAGAAGAAUAAGAAAAAAAAAAUAAUACAUAACACUUGUACAGAGCUUUUCUUGACAUUCAAAGAUGCUUCACACACACAAAUGAAGACCCAGAUCAAAAUGGGACACAUUUAUCUGAAGGCUGUUCUGAACAGAUGAGUUUCCAGGGCUUUUUUGAGCAUGGGGCGUGUGGAUGAGUCUCUGGUGUGUUUGGGGAGGGACUUCCAGGGGGUGGGGGCUGCAGCGAAGAAGUUCAGGGAGGGAAGAGCUUGAAUGGAAUGCGCUGAGGGAUGGGGAGCGAGUGGAGAGCUCGUCCUGCCCCGCCCUGGGAGAUAGAGUCAGAGCUUUUUCAUAUGCUCAUAUUAACCACUUAUAGACUCAUAUUUGUAAUAAGUUUUCAACAAAAAUCUUAUCGUUUCAUGUUCCAGCAUUGAAAAAACACAUCUGCGUUUACUGGAACUGAAACUGGAUGCACAUUAGGCGCAGACUGGGAGAGGUGUUCAACUGCAUGAUGUGAGAAACAGACAGGCAGAUAAUUUACAUGUACUCAAACUACAAUCCCUCCACCACGGACUAGCACAUGUUGUUUUGUCUUAAUUCACUAUGUUAACGUGAACGCCUGAAUGUCUCACAGCCCAACACUUCACACCACUGGGCUCUUUGACCUGCUGCACACGUGGACAGAGUCUGGCAGUUUUCAUGAUGAGAAUGUGGUUGUUUCGCACACUCUGAGUUCUCUGUGCAUGUAGUGCAAACACUGACUUGAUGCUGUGAAAUAAAGA